GGUCGAGAGAGAGUCAAAAUGUUUGGGAAAGUAAGAGCGUCUUCUUGUCCGGCCGAGAGCCUGGAGAGACCGCCGUCCAAGAUUCUCAAAGACGAUUCUCUCUCCAUCUACGAGGCUACACUUAUGAAGCUUAAAUUGGGUUCUAAACGCAAUUUGAGUCCAUGCGAGAUAGAUAACGGUUCUACUUCAAGCUCUUCCAAUUCGGAGCCAAUGAAGAUAGAUGUGAACUGUGCUUCUGCAGCGGCUUCUCAGGGUCAUAUAGAGGUGGCCAGCUCUCCCCAGGAGCAGGAGGAGUUUAUGACAUUAGACACAGAUUGUUCUUCAGUAACAAGUUCGACAAGUUCUACUGAUUGCCAUUCUUUGGGUACCUCGAAACAACAACGGAGUACAAACGUUUCAGUUCUCUACCUGUUUUCUAAAUUUAAGAGAGCUCAAGAGGAUAUCUGCUCAUCCUCUGGAGAUGCAAUGACAAUAGAGAGUGCUAGUAUUUCUCCAAGUUCUAGCGGUUGGCAAUCUCUUAACAGCACAGAACAACAUUUGGAAAAGGAAUGUGUCAACUCUUUACCUGCUAGGCACAUAUGCAUGCUCUGAGUUGGGUUUAUAAAAUGGGUUUUGGGUUGUGCCUGAUUUGGCACCGGGAAUCUGAUGCGGUCUUGCGUUUUAUUGAUCAGUUGAAAGCCAAUUUUUUGUUGUAAUUUUAUAAUCCCAAUUAUGAGGGAUUGCUUAAUGUAUGGGAAAUUAUGUCAGCCA